CGAAACGGACGCCAGCACGGACGAACAAUUCCUGAGUUCGAGUCGGACUGGCUCGCGCGACCCGAGUACUGUUGCACCGACCCGCAGGCCCAACCAAACACGAUCCCUCAUCUUGGCGGCGGCGGCGGCGGCGAUGGGCAAGGCGGCGAAGGGGAAGCAGCGGCGGGACGAGUACUACCACCUGGCCAAGGAGCAGGGGUACCGGAGCCGGGCGGCCUUCAAGCUGCAGCAGCUAGACGACCGCUUCCGAUUCCUCCCGGCGGCGCGCGCCGUGCUCGAUCUCUGCGCGGCGCCGGGAGGCUGGGUCCAGGUGGCCGUCGCCCGCGCCCCCGCCGGCGCCUUCGUCGUCGGCGUCGACCUCGUGCCGAUCCGCCCCGUCCGCGGCGCGCACUCGCUCACGGAGGACAUCACCAUCACCAGGUGCCGCUCCGCCGUGCGGAGGCUCAUGGACUCCAGGGGGGUCGCCGUCUUCGACGUGGUCCUCCACGACGGCUCGCCCAACGUCGGCGGCGCGUGGGCGCAGGAGGCCACCGCGCAGUCCGCGCUCGUCAUCGACGCGGUCCGCCUGGCCACCGCGUUCCUCGCCCCCAAGGGCGCCUUCAUCACCAAGGUCUUCAGGUCUCAGGAUUACAGCGCCAUCAUGUUCUGUCUGAAGCAGCUGUUUGAUAAGGUCGAGGUGACUAAACCUCGAGCCAGUCGCGGCACAUCCGCUGAAAUUUACAUCAUCUGUCUGAAGUACAAAGCCCCUGCAAAGAUUCAACCAGAGCUUCUUGAUAUCAAGCACCUGUUCAGUGUGGAUCCAGAGAAGAGCACGCCUACGGAUGUACUUGACACUAAUAAGAAUGCAAAGAAGAGAACUCGUGGUGGGUAUGCGGCCGGAGUCACGGUACUGGAGAAAGUUGGCCUCGCAUCAGAUUUCAUAUGGUCCGAGGCGCAGAAACCACGGGAAUUCCUUGGUUCUUUCACCAAGAUUUCAUUUGAUGAUCCUGCGUCUCUGCCCAUCGAAAACCAUGAGCUCACCACGGAUGAGGUAAAAUGUCUUUGUGAGGAUUUGCAGGUGCUGGAUAAAAAUAGCUUCAAGCAUAUCUUGAAGUGGCGCACACGCCUAAGGAAUGCUCUGCCAUCAUCUUCGCAAGUCACACCAAAAGCUGAUGGUACUGCGACGAACACCAAGGUCAAAGGUGAUGUUCAGCUUUUACAGGAAAUGGAAGAAAUGGGUUCCGAUGAAGAACACCAACUGGAUGGUAUGCUCGAUGAAGCUUAUGAGCGUUAUGUGACCAAAAAGGGUGAAGAAGUAAAACAAGAACACAAACGUGCCAAGCGAAUCGAUCCUGAUGCUGAUGCUGGUUUGUUAGAGGGAGGUGAAGAUGAUGGUGGCAACGUUGGCACCGAUCAAGGUUCUAACAAAGAUCAAGAUCAAGAGACCAACCCCCUUUUAUCAUGUCUAGAUACAGAGGAGCCUGCGGAAGAGCAAGAUGUUAAAGUAGUGGUUGAGUCAGGAUAUGUUCACAGAAGCAGGAAGAAGGGGAAGGGUGGCAAAGGAGGCGCCAAAGGGGGGAAAGGGAUGAAGGGUUCCGCCGGCCAGAAGAAAUGAGGGAUGAUAGGGAAAGCUAAGAAGUUCACAGCAUAGUUAGUUUAGCAAGGCAUUGAGUCAAGUUAGUUUAGCAAGGCAUGGAUGAGUAACUAGGCAUUAUGUGAAAUCAGAGCAUUUACGUGGUUUCUCGUACUUCUCUGUGAUGUUGAAAACAGAUGACAAGUCCGAUGUAUCCAUUCUAUUAAACCAUGUGGACAAUCAGAACAUUUGUCUGAGAGAACAUUUGCUCCGUCA